AUGUCUCAUUAUCUAUCUAUCUAUCUAUCUAUCAUUAUCUAUCUAUCUAUCUAUCUAUCAAUCUAUCUAUCUCAGUUCAUUAUCUAUCUAUCUAUCUAUAUAUCUCAGUUUCAUUAUCUAUCUAUCUAUCUAUCUAUCUCUCUACUUCUCUCAGUGAAGAAGUCUACCCACAGGUUCUUCCGUGAGACUCUUUCUGACUGUUUCAACGCCAUUGUUUUUCCAUUGUCGUUAUUUGUCCAAAUUGUCUUUCUCGGCGUCUUCCUGCUCGACGGCGAUGUCCCAUUUGGCUGGUUCACUGAUCUGCACAACCAACUGAGCCACACGCUACCAGCCCUGCUGCUUGGUACUGCUGACUUUCCUUUACCAGUUGACGGUAAUGCUUUUGAGGACUGCACGGGGUUCAUGGAUUUAUCUAUUUCUCGACUCAUUCAAGCUAAAUUCUCGCAUGAUGUUCUUUCUGGCCAUGCUACCGAUCUUGUUUAUAAUUUAUUUCAUCGGUUCGCAAUUUAA